AUGGCCGAGCAAACCGUUUCAAUAGAGCGGUAUGAGGAUUUAAUCCAAAAUAGGUUCCAGCUAUUGCUUUCGAAACUGCAGAACUACGCGAUUAGGAUAGAUCAAAACAGCCUAACCCCGCGAGACACUGCACCUAUUGUCAAUGAGGGAUCCCACCAGGCUCUAACGACACUUCUUUUAUCCCUCAGGAGAUGUGUCUACGAACUGUCAGCCACAUUGUCCCAUCCCUUGUUGGCAUCAAGGGACACGUUAUACGACCUCUGGGCAAGCUUUCAAACGCUACUCGAGAUUGACAACACGCUCAAUCAUAUAAUUGCUUUGACAACGGCGCCAGUGCUGACAUCGAUGGGACCGAUUCACGUGCCAAACCACGAAAACGCGUCCAUAACGAUGGAACUGUCAGCUUCACAGCAAGAAAAGUUCUUGCAAGUCUUCAACGAACUGGGUCGGCACCUCUGCUUAUACUACAUCAGGCUGCCGAUUUCAGAAGCAAAAAACGAUGUUGAGAUUGCAAGUACGUUGAGGUCAAACGUUCAACACCUAGGACAAUGUAUAGAUGAGGCUAUCGAGCAGUUUUCUCGAAUCGACACUCGGGCGUACAAAUCAUGGUGGCACGCGAUGGCCAACGAAAUGGAAGAGACCCUCCGGCAGCCGGUCCAGACUCUCGAUCAAGAAGCAAGUGGUCCGGAAGCCGAGAAAGUCCAACACUUGUGUCGCGAGUCGAUUCCAAUUGUCAAGCUGACGCGUCUCCUCUUGAAUAAGAUGUCCAGGCCAACCAACAGCGAAGUUCACCCGAUAUCGCUGAUGGAACCCAGAAACCUCAUCGCAUUAACGCAUUCUACCCGCAUGCUCGCGAUUGAUCUACAUGAUUUCGUCGAAAGUAUCCACAUCUUCGACCCACACCCUGACUUGUUUAACCAGGAGCCGGUCGAAAACAUCGAGGAGGCUGUAGAGGAAACAUUGCAGAUCAUCAAUGGUUUCUUGGAGGAAUAUUCUGAUCCCAACGAUGAAAACUUCAGCAACCGUUGGAGGGAUUGGUACGAACGAUGGAGGGACGCGUUUGAUUUGGCGGUGGAACGUUUCCAGACAACAUUGGUAGCUAUCAACUCAUAG